AUGAUCAAGGCACUGCGCAAUGGGGGAGCACACCUGGAUUUCCGGACGCGGGAAGGAAUGACAGCUCUUCACAAGGCUGUCCGGUGCCGCAACCACGCAGCGCUGCUGACACUGCUGGACCUGGGUGCCUCCCCAGACUACAAGGACAGCCGGGGGUUGACGCCCCUGUACCACAGUGCCAUGGUAGGAGGGGAUCCCUAUUGCUGCGAGCUCCUGCUGCACGACUACGCCCGUCUCGGCUGUGUGGACGAGAAUGGCUGGCAGGAGAUCCACCAGGCAUGUCGCUAUGGCCAUGUUCAGCACCUGGAGCAUCUUCUCUUCUAUGGAGCUGAUAUGACUGCACAGAAUGCCUCAGGAAACACCGCUCUUCAUAUUUGUGCUCUCUAUAACCAGGAGAGCUGCGCUCGGGUUCUCCUCUUCCGCGGUGCGAGCAAAGAGAUUCGCAACUACAACAGCCAGACAGCGUUCCAGGUGGCCAUCAUUGCAGGAAAUUUUGAAUUGGCUGAAAUCAUCAAAACCCACAAAGAGUCCGAUGUUGUGCCUUUCAGAGAAACUCCCAGCUACACAAAGCGGAGACGGAUCCUUGGUGCCGGUGGCCUCUCCUCCCCGCGCAUGCUGCAGCGCUCGGCCAGUGACAACAACCUGAAGGCAGAGAGCCGGGCGUCCUACUCACCGGUGCCCUCGCUCCGCAGCCUGCCUCCACAGCUGCUGGUGCAGAUGCAAGAGGCGGCAGUGGGGGCCGGGGCAGGGGAUGGCAGCCUGGCGAGCUCCAGCAGCGCCCGGAGUGCCCAUAGCCGUUCCCCAUCCCUGCAGCGGGUGCAGGAGGAGAAGGAGGCCGACCUGCCCACGCUCCGGAGGAGCAGCCGCGGCAAGGCCAGGUCAUGGUGGUCAGGAGAGGUUCCUGAUGACUGGAAGAAAGCAUAUGCCACUCCUGUCUUCAAGAAGGGGAAGGAGGAGAGUGUGGGGAACUCCAGGCUGGUCAGUCUCACCUUGACCCCUGGGAAGGUGAUGGAGCAACUAACCCUGGAAACCAUUUCCAAACUCAUGAAGGACAAGAUGGUGAUUGGGAGUAACCAGUCUGGAUUUGUGAAGGGGAAAUCCUGCUUAACCAAGCUGAUCACCUUCUACAUGCUGAGUAUUGGCGAAGGUGGCUUUUGGGAAGGAACCGUGAAAGGAAGGACUGGCUGGUUCCCGGCAGAAUGUGUUGAGGAGGUGCAGAUGCGACAGUAUGAUCCACGGCAAGAAACCAGAGAAGACAGAACAAAGCGGCUCUUCCGACAUUAUACUGUGGGCUCUUACGACAAUUUCACCUCUCACAGUGACUACAUCAUUGAGGAGAAGACGGCCGUGCUGCAGAAGAGGGAGCAUGAGGGAUUCGGGUUUGUGUUGCGAGGGGCCAAAGCUGAAACCCCAAUUGAGGAGUUCACCCCAACCCCAGCCUUCCCAGCGCUCCAGUACCUGGAAUCAGUGGAUGUGGAAGGUGUCGCUUGGAGAGCAGGGCUUCGGACGGGAGACUUUCUGAUUGAGGUGAAUGGUGUCAACGUGGUGAAGGUGGGGCACAAGCAGGUGGUCUCCUUGAUCCGGCAAGGGGGGAACCACCUGGUGAUGAAGGUUGUUUCCGUCAGCCGCAAGCCAGAAUCAGAAGAAGUUGUUCGGAAGAAGGCUCCGCCGCCUCCCAAGAGAGCACCCAGCACCACCCUGACGCUGCGUUCCAAGUCCAUGACGGCUGAGCUGGAAGAGCUGGAGAAACUGGAUGAGAUUUUGGCAGCAGCUGAGCCCGCGCUGAGAGCAGACAUUGUCGAAGCAGAUUCUAGGGCAGCCACUGUGAAGCAGCGACCAACAAGCCGGCGCAUCACGCCAGCAGAAAUCAGUUCACUCUUUGAACGCCAGGGUAUGGCAGCACACUCGGGGGUCCUUGCGGGAGCUGAGAAGCCCCACGUUUCACUGCGCAAAGGAAUUCCACGGACAAAAUCUGUAGGUGAAGACGAGAAACUUGCUGCUUCUUUGCUAGAUGGGAAGUUUCCCCGGAGCACAUCGAUGCAAGACACUGUUAGGGAAGGACAUGGGAUUCCACCACCACCUCAAACAGCCCCACCCCCACCUCCUUCUCCAUAUUACUUUGACACAGGCCCCCCUCCAUCCUUCUCGCCACCUCCACCCCCAGGAAGAGCUUAUGAUACCAUAAGAUCAAGCUUUAAGCCAAGCCUGGAGGCUAAACUCCAUGGACUCCCGCAGGUCAUUAGUGCAGCUGAGAUGUAUGAUCAGGCAAGGACUUCCAUUCCUUACCCUGAAAGGCAGAAGAGGGCCCGAUCCAUGAUAAUCCUACAGGAUUCCUCUCAUCUUCCCGUGGAGCCAACAGAGAUCCCCCGGCCUGGCCCAUCUGCAACCCCUCCAGAGAAGCUGAAGAGGAAGGGGAGAGUGAUUGACAACCCUUAUGCCAACAUGGGUCAAUUCAAUGUCAGCCUGUUUGCUCCCACCAAGCCACAGAGAAAGAAGAGUCCUCUUGUUAAGCAGUUACAAGUGGAGGAUGCACAGGAGAGAGCAGCACUGUCCAUCACCGGAGGCUUUACAAGGGAGCCCUCUCCCACCCGCAGGAGCCAUCGCCUGAGUGGAGUGGAAUAUCAGCACCACACCGGCAUUGCUCAGGUUGAAGCCACAAGCAUCCCCUUUGCCACUGCCAUCGCUGGAGUCAUGAAGGACAGAGACCGUCGUCUGGAUGAGAGGCGGAAAUCCACUGUCUUCCUCUCGGUUGGGGCCAUUGAAGGAAGCCCCCCCAGCAGUGACAUGCCAUCCUUGCAGCAGUCCAGGUCUAUUGAUGAGCGGUUGUUAGGAAGCCGAGAUGUACUACUGCCUUCCCCUGUCUCAGCUUUAAAGCCAUUAAUUAGCAGCUCAUCCUCAACGUUCAUCCACCCCCUAACAGGAAAGCCCUUGGAUCCAAACUCACCACUGGCGCUUGCGCUGGCCGCAAGGGAACGGGCCCUCUCAACUCAAGUCCCAUCCCGGUCGCCCACCCCGAUCCACAGCCCAGACUCAGACAGAGCAGCACCCCUGUUUGUGGACAUCCAAACCAAAGAACCAGAGAGGGGGGAGUUGGAGAGCUUAGUGUCCCCUGUGUACUCACCUGGAGGCAAAGGGGCAAUUGGAACAGACUCUGGGACUUUGGCCCCUACUAAGAGCCAGUGGGGGACUCCGUCCACACUGAGAAAAGAAACUGAGGCAAGAGCAGAAACACCUGGGAAGGAGGAGAAGAAACAAGAAGACAAGAAGUCCAUGAUUAUUAGCAUAGUGGAUACAUCACAGCAGAAGACCGCUGGCCUCAUCAUGGUUCAUGCCACAAGUAAUGGCCAAGACGAGAUAGGACUUGAGAUAAAAGAGGAGAAACCAGCUGUCCCUGAAGCAUGCACAGAGCCAGCAGAGUCCCCCAAAGCAGAGACCCAGCCCAGUCCCGUGGGAAAGCCUCCAGUCAGUCCAGCCUCUGACAAGACGCUGGGACAAGGGAGUUCGGAGGAAGAAGUGGAGCCCUACACGGUUACCCUCCCACCAGCUCAGUUGUCUUCAAGUGACGAAGAGACCAGGGAGGAGCUGGCCAAGAUAGGGCUGGUGCCUCCACCAGAUGAGUUUGCAAACGGGGUACUGGUCACCACCCCUGGCACACCAGUCAGCCACCUGGCUACGCCUAGCACGCCAUCCAUACCAGCGGCAGCAGUAGCACCUUCUACCACUGGCGGAACACCCUCAGGGAAGCCCUCUGAUGCCCCCGUAGCCCCAGAGUCUGCUGCAGACUCGGGAGUGGAAGAGGUGGACACCAGAAGUUCAAGUGACCAUCACCUGGAGACCACAAGCACCAUCUCUACGGUCUCCAGCAUGUCUACGUUGUCCUCAGAAAGCGGGGAGCCUACUGACACAUACACUUCCUUUGCGGAUGGACAAACUUUUAUACUCGAGAAGCCACCAGUGCCUCCAAAGCCAAAACUCAAGUCCCAGCUCAGCAAGGGGCCAGUUACUUUCAGGGACCCACUUUUGAAGCAGUCUUCGGACAGCGAGCUCAUCUCCCAGCAACAUGCGGCCACUCUGGCAUCAGCCAGCAUUGGCCGGCCACGCUACCUCUUUCAGAGAAGGUCCAAGCUAUGGGGGGACCCCAUGGAGAGCAGGCCAAUCCAUGGGGCUGAUGAUGACAAGCCAACUGUGAUCAGUGAGCUAAGUUCCCGACUACAGCAACUGAAUAAGGAUACACGAUCACUGGGGGAAGAACCAGCCGGGUCCACGUUAGAUCCCGGGAAGAAGUCACCUGUGGUCGCGGCACGACUUUUCAGUAGUUUAGGAGAACUCAGCACCAUUUCCCAGCGGAGCUCCGGGACCACCUACACAGUCCGACCUGGCAGUCGCUACCCUGUAACCCGACGUACCCCCAGCCCCGUGAAGCCGGCUCUGGAUCGGACAGAGCCCCUCAGCACCGUCCGGCCCUACGGUCUGACCCCUCCCACCAUCCUCAAAUCUUCCAGCCUCUCCAUCCCACACGAGCCCAAGGAGGUGCGCUUUGUGGUGAGGAGCGUGAGCGCCCGGAGCCGCUCCCCAUCCCCGUCCCCCUCUCCAGGGCCACCCCUGCACACCCUCCACCCACCUCGGCCCUUCAUGCAGAAACCCCUCCACCUGUGGAACAAGUACGACGUCGGGGACUGGCUGGAAAGCAUCAAUUUGGUGGAGCACCGAGACAAGUUUGAGGACCAUGAAAUAGAGGGCACGCACCUGCCUGCCCUCACCAAGGAGGACUUUGUGGAGUUGGGGGUGACCCGGGUCGGGCACCGGAUGAACAUUGAGCGGGCACUCAAGCAGCUGGUAGACAGCUGACCGUGCCAGGCAGCGCUGGCCUCUUCCAGAGCCACCACGGGGGGUGGGGGGGCAUUUCUACUAGACUAAUAAAACCCACUU